UGCCCCGCCACUAUUAGGUCGCCUCCCGCGCGCCCCCCUGUCCCGGGCACCACUAGUUGCUCCUCGGCCGCCCCUCCCGCGCGUGGUAAGGCCCGGCGGGCGCGCGCUCCGGGCACAGGUUAUAAAGGCUGGGCUGCGGCAGCCGACUGCGGACCAAGAUGCGCCCGAAAGAGUGCGGGCAGAGCUGCGCCGGGGACCGGCCCGGACCCGGACCCGGGGAUCCAGCAGCGGUCACCCCCGCACUGCCGCCCGCAGCCGGUCCCGCUCCAGAGCCCUCCGCCGAGCCUGGACCCGCUCCUGCGCAGGCACCGGCGGCUGAGCAAGGAGUGGGAUCUGGAUCCCCAUCCGUCUCGGGACCCUCAGACGGAGUUCGCCCGGCCUCCGAGGCUGGAUCAGAGGCAGGAGCCCAGCGCGGAUCCGCAUUCUCGGCCGUCCAGGGGAAUGCCCAGUCCGUGCCCGGCAACUCGGAUGUACCGUGGACCCGCUUCAUAUUUCAAGGACCCUUUGGUCCCCGGGCCACUGGCCUGGGGACUGGAAAGGCUGCGGACAUCUGGAAGACGCCAGCUGCCUACAUCGGCCGGCGGCCAGGGGUGUCGGGCCCCGAGCGCGCCGCCUUUAUUCGGGAGCUGGAGGAAGUGCUGUGUCCUGACCGACCCCCACCAGUCAAGAAGAUCACUCCAGAAGAUGUCAAAGUGAUGUUAAAUCUGCUGGAGGAGAGAGAGCGGGACCUGAAUACGGCGGCUCGCAUCGGCCAGUCCCUUGUGAAGCAGAACAAUGUCCUGAUGGAGGAGAACAGCAAGCUGGAAGCCAUGCUGGGCUCAGCCAGGGAGGAGAUUUUACACCUCAGACACCAGGUGAGCCUGCGGGAUGACCUCCUCCAGCUCUACUCAGACUCUGAUGAUGAGGAGGAAGAGGAGGAGGAUGAGGAAGAGGAAGAAGAGGAAGAGGAGGAGGAAGAGGAGGAGGAGGAGGAAGAGCAGCAGCAUGAUCUUCCCUAUGAAGCCCCCGAGCCGACACCUCUGACGGAGUCGGAGUCGCUGCACCACUGCCCGCAGCUGGAAGCCCUGCAGGAGCAGCUGAGGCUGCUGGAGGAGGAGAACGACCAGCUGAGAGAGGAGGCCUCUCAGCUCGACGCCCUUGAGGAGGAGGAGCAGAUGCUUAUUCUGGAUUGUGUGGAGCAGUUUUCUGAGGCCAGCCAGCAGAUGGCUGAGCUGUCGGAGGUGCUGGCGCUCAGGAUGGAGAACCAUGACCAGCAGCAGAGGGAGGUCAGCCAGCUGCGGACGCAGGUCAUGAAGCUGCAGCAGCGCUGCCAGCUGUACGGGGCUGAGACUGAGAAGUUGCAGCAGCAACUGGCUUCGGAGAAGGAAAUCCAGAUGCAGCUCCAGGAUGAGCUGCAGGACCUGCGGGAGAAGUACACGGAGUGUGGGGGCAUGCUGAUUGAGGCCCGGGAGGAGGUGAAGACCCUCCGCCAGCAAGCCCCGGUGUCCACUGGCUCUGUCACCCACUAUACAUACACUGUGCCUCUGGAGGCACUUCCUAGUUUCCAGGAGACCCUGGCUGAGGAGCUCAGAAUGUCUAUAAGGAGAAUUAUCUCAGACCCUGUGUUUUUUAUGGAAAGGAAUUAUGAAACGACUACAGAGGAGACGUCCAACCUGGGGUACGAGCUGCGCUACGGUGAGGUGCGGGAGCAAGAACAGGAGUUCGAGGCUGAGGAGGGUCUGAUGCCGGCAGAGGAUUUUGUGCCGGCGGAAAAUUUCGUGCCUGCGGAAGACUUGGUGCCUGAGGAAGAGCUGGGGGCCACAGAGGAGGUGGUACCAGCCGAGGAGGAGGUGACGGAAGAGGCAGAGCUUGUGUCAGAGGAGGCGGAGGCCUGGGAGGAGGUGGAGCCGGAGCUGGAUGAGACAAGGCGGACCAAUGUGGUGACCUCAGCCCUGGAGGCCAGCGGCUUGGGCCCUGCGCACCUGGACAUGAAGUAUGUCCUCCAGCAACUGGCCAGCUGGCAGGACGCCCAUUACAGGCGGCAGCUGAGGCAGAAGAUGCUCCAGAAAGCAGUGGCAGCAGCGGGCCAAAACAAACAUGGGGGGCGGGAUCGUGGAGCAGCAGCCCAGGGUGCCCACCCAGGACUUUCGGAGGCUGGAGGAGGACAGGGUCAACCACCCUCCCAGGGCCUGGGAGGAAGAGGGGCCUUCUGGGGCCACCCAGGCCAUUGGGACGAAGGCCUCCGCCAGCAAGGGCCACGGUCGGACCAGUCCCCUGGGCUUUGCUGUUUCCCAGCAGCCUGCAGAGGCCCCACAGACAGCCUGAGGCCCCUCCUUCCGCUGCCUGGCCAAGUCCCACCUGCCCCAGACCCUCCUUCCCAUCCUCCAAAACAGGACUCCCUGUCUGUCACCAGCCCUCCCUCUGUCCUGAUGACUCUGGGCCGGAGCUUUAGGGCCCAAGCCUUGACCCUCUUCUGGGAGAGGUUGAAGGAACCCCGGCCCUCAUUCUGCAGCUGGUGCAGAAGCUGUGGCUGCUGGGCCUGGAUCACAUGGUGGCCCAGGGGGCGGGAAAAACCCCGGGGGAGGCCCUCCAGCUACCAGACCCAGCUCUGAGAGGGUGGCGGGGCUCUGGCGCUGGGUAUAGGACGUUGUUCUGAGCAGUCUCCUAACAACAUGCCCCCCGGCACCCUCCAAGUUCAAGGUGGCUCCCAAGUUCUUGUUGACUUCUGGGACCUGGCCCCCUCCCCCAAUUCUUGGCCCUUUUUCUCAGUCUCUGAUUACUGUUUGCAACUGGAAGUGUCUCGCGUGGGUGAGGACUCCCUCUGCCUAGUGGCCUGUGAGUGUCCAGGCUCCUGCCUAAGGCCCAGCCCCGCCCUCCCACUGUCCCCCCUUCAGUGCCCCUUGUUUCGUACUUGUAGAUGUCCCACCUUUUCCCACCCUUUCCUCAUAAACAGCUGGAGUCUGGGGCUCAGGACCCCUAUCGGUACCACCCUGCUUCUCGCCGCGCUUCUCGCUGUCCUGUUGCUUGUCAGCCUGUGUACCUGCCAGUGCAGGAAAUAAAGGACCUGUGCGCUACCUGG